CUGGUACGAAAUCUGAGGGGAGCUUGUUUCCAAUUGUGAAAGGUCAGCUUUCAUUAUGGUUGUUUUAUUCUUCGCUUCAGGAAGUGCAGCAGAAGGAACUUCUUACGAAAGCUAAAAAACAGACAAAUCUUUUGGAACUGAAAACAGUACGGGCCAAAAAUCCAUCCCCUCCCUUGGUUAGUACCCUCGAUGUGGAGAUGUUGGCCGAGUCAGAUGAUGAAACAAGCUCCCCUCAGCAAUCGAUUAUGGCACAGAAGGAUGUCAUUACACACCAGGUUGCUCCCCACCAAGGACCAGAGGAAGGAGACACCAGAGAGAGGGAGGACACUGCUCCAACCACACAACCAAACUGCAAGGGCUGCAAGGUACAGAAAGCAGUUGUCAAACAACUGAAAGAAGAGAUAAACACAUUAAAAAAUAAAAACCCAUUCCCCCUGCGGAGAAAAUAUGAGAGAAGGAAUACUGUACAGACAGAACUUCCAGUUUUUGAAAAAGUCCUUCAGACCUGGCUUAAUCAUAUUGAAGGCGUCACGUAUCGCCAGAACGAGAACGCACGCCAGAGAGUCACACGUGUGCGAUCCUGGUUGGCUUACAUGAGUGAUGGAGGGGUGCCAACCAUGGAUUUUGCUUUCUUAUCAGACCCCAGCAAGCUUAUAAACUGGGCGCACUCUUUGAGGAAUUUUGCUGUAACAACACAAAGAAUAUACAUAAGCGAUGUGAGGUCUUUCCUGAAAUUUCUCCUUGAAGCACGACUGGACACUGUGAGAGCCUCUAAAAAGAAAUUGAAGGGGGCAAUUUUCAGCCUAGACAGGCUUCGGAGGAAACUAACGAGCAGGCUUGUUGUACACAAACAAGCUGUUAAGGCCAAAAAAUCAAAAAACAUUCUGGAUGCAGUACACAUACAGACCUUCCUGGAAAAGGCUAGACGAGCAAUACCGAAUGCUUUAGUCACUCUGGAGCAAAAUCCCCUGCCACAAAACCUUUACCACCUAUUUGGCCUGUUGUCAGGGUUCAUAAUUUGCCUGACAGGGCACCGUAGGGGAGUCUUGUUGGGAAUGGAGGCAGAAGAAGUCCACGCUGCACCUAAAGACAAAAAUGGACGUCGAGUUAUUAUGGUGGCAAAACACAAAACAUCCUCAAAAUAUGGCCAUGCCCUUGUCCCUUUGGAAAAGGAGGAAUAUGUCUGGUUUGCCAGGUUUUUAUAUCAUAGGCACAAAUAUCCUAUGGGCGAGUCCAAAUUGUUUUUUGCAAACACAAAUGGGGGUCCAUUCUCCCGCUUAGCAGGCACUUUCCAGGAGUGCUGGAAGGAGUUUGGGCUGCCAGGAAAACCAACAUUUGGCCUCAUACGAACAAGCAUCAGCACCUAUGUUGGCCGUGAACUGGAUUACAAGCAGAAGGAGCAGGUACGGCGACUCAUGUGUCACAGCACAGCAGUUGCUGAGGUGUUUUAUGAAGCCAACCAAAACCUGACAGAUGCUUUCAAGUCCCGCCGGGCCACGGCAACAGCUGUCCAGAAGCAGACCAACAAUCCUAGGGAAGGAAGGGAGGAAGAUGAGGACAUGCACAGAAGUAAGAAAAGAUGCAUCUCCAAGACACGCAUGAGAAAUUACAAAGGUGACAAGAAAUAUCCCGAAAGUGACAUCAAGGACACCAGUACUGAAGACAGUGAUGACACCACAGAAGAAACAGAGGAGGAGGAUGAGGACAGAAUAAGGAGGAAGGUUGCUGGCAAGACAGAUGACAAACAUGAUAAAUAUCCCAAAAGAAACCUCAAAGACACCAGUACUGAAGACAGUGAUGACACCACAGAAGAAACAGAGGAGGAUGAUGAAGAUGACAGAAUAAGCAGGAAAGUUUCUGGCAAGACAGAUGACAAACGUGACAAGAAAUAUCCUAAAAGAGAGACCAAAAGCACCAGUGUUGACAGCAGUGAUGACACCACAGAAGAAACAGAGGAGGAGGAUGAUGAGGACAGAAUAAGCAGGAAAGUUUCUGGCAAGACAUGCAAGACAGAUGACAAACGUGACAAGAAAUAUCCUAAAAGAAAGACCGAAGGCACCAGUGUUGACAGCAGUGAUGACACCACAGAAGAAACAGAGGAGGAGGAUGAUGAGGACAGAAUAAGCAGGAAAGUUUCUGGCAAGACAUGCAAGACAGAUGACAAACGUGACAAGAAAUAUCCUAAAAGAAAGACCAAAGGCACCAGUGUUGACAGCAGUGAUGACACCACAGAAGAAACAGAGGAGGAGGAUGAUGAGGACAGAAUAAGCAGGAAAGUUUCUGGCAAGACAUGCAAGACAGAUGACAAACGUGACAAGAAAUAUCCUAAAAGAAAGACCGAAGGCACCAGUGUUGACAGCAGUGAUGACACCACAGAAGAAACAGAGGACAGGAUAAGGAGGAAAGGUGCUGGCAAGACACGCAAGACAGAUGAAAACAGCAACAAAGAAAUAGUUGUGAUACUGGACAGUAACGAAGAAGACCAGACACAAGACAAAGACAAGAAGGAUGAACAAAACAACAAAGAUACCUCAAGUAUUCGAAAGGAUGACGCAGGACGUAGUACAGAUUCAUUCCCGCGUUCAGUAAUUUUCCAUUCCACUAAUCCUCCGCCGAGUCACAGGAGAACCAGGAGCAUAUCCCAGCGAGCUCGAGGCAAAAGGCUGGGGACAGCCUGGACGGGGUGCCAACCCAUCACAGGGCGCAAUCGCCGACCCACUCGCACACCCCUUCACACACUACAGAAGAUUGGGAAAUGUGGGAGAGGAAACCAGAGUCAUAAAGACAAUGACAAAGAUGAACAACACACUGAUGCAGACAUGCCAGGUGAAGGAAAGGACAAAACCAGGAACAGAACAGACACAGCUGAUGGAGACAAAGAUGAACAGCAACAUGCUGAUGCAGACAUGCCAAGCGAAGGAAAUGAGAUGGGGCACAGGAAAGACACAGCUGAUGGAGACAAAGAUGAACAGCAACAUGCUGAUGCAGACAUGCCAAGCGAAGGAAAUGAGACGGGGCACAGGAAACACACAGCUGAUGGAGACAAAGAUGAACAGCAACAUGCUGAUGCAGACAUGCCAAGCGAAGGAAAUGAGACGGGGCACAGGAAAGACACAGCUGAUGGAGACAAAGAUGAACAGCAACAUGCUGAUGCAGACAUGCCAAGCGAAGGAAAUAAUGAGACGGGGCACAGGAAAGACACAGCUGAUGGAGACAAAGAUGAACAGCAACAUGCUGAUGCAGACAUGCCUAUUGAAGGAAAUAAUGAGACGGGGCACAGGAAAGACACAGCUGAUGGAGACAAAGAUGAACAGCAGCACAUUGAUGCAGACAUGCCAAUUGAAGGAAAUAAUGAGAUGGGGCACAGGAAAGACACAGCUGAUGGAGACAAAGAUGAACAGCAACAUGCUGAUGCAGACAUGCCAAGCGAAGGAAAUGAGACGGGGCACAGGAAAGACACGGCUGAUGGAGACAAAGAUGAACAGCAACAUGCUGAUGCAGACAUGCCAAGCGAAGGAAAUGAGACGGGGCACAGGAAAGACACAGCUGAUGGAGACAAAGAUGAACAGCAACAUGCUGAUGCAGACAUGCCAAGCGAAGGAAAUGAGACGGGGCACAGGAAACACACAGCUGAUGGAGACAAAGAUGAACAGCAACAUGCUGAUGCAGACAUGCCAAGCGAAGGAAAUGAGACGGGGCACAGGAAAGACACAGCUGAUGGAGACAAAGAUGAACAGCAACAUGCUGAUGCAGACAUGCCAAGCGAAGGAAAUAAUGAGACGGGGCACAGGAAAGACACAGCUGAUGGAGACAAAGAUGAACAGCAACAUGCUGAUGCAGACAUGCCUAUUGAAGGAAAUAAUGAGACGGGGCACAGGAAAGACACAGCUGAUGGAGACAAAGAUGAACAGCAGCACAUUGAUGCAGACAUGCCAAUUGAAGGAAAUAAUGAGAUGGGGCACAGGAAAGACACAGCUGAUGGAGACAAAGAUGAACAGCAACAUGCUGAUGCAGACAUGCCAAGCGAAGGAAAUGAGACGGGGCACAGGAAAGACACGGCUGAUGGAGACAAAGAUGAACAGCAACAUGCUGAUGCAGACAUGCCAAGCGAAGGAAAUGAGACGGGGCACAGGAAAGACACAGCUGAUGGAGACAAAGAUGAACAGCAACAUGCUGAUGCAGACAUGCCAAGCAAAGGAAAUGAGACAGGGCACAGGAAAGACACAGCUGAUGGAGACAAAGAAGAACAGCAGCACAUUGAUGCAGACAUGCCUAGUGAAGGAAAUAAUGAGAUGGGGUACAGGACAGACACAGCUGAUGGAGAUGAAGACAAAGAACAUGUUGAUGCAGACAUGCCUAGUGAAGGAAAGGACAAGAUCAAAUUUACAAACGAGACUGAUGGACUUAAUGAAAUGGAUAUGGGAUGCAGCACAGAGAAGACCGACAAUCACAUAAACAUAGACUUGCCAAAAGAUAAGAAUGUUACUUCCUCUCUCAAUCAGACUGAACAACACACACAAGAAGUCACCCAACCAUCCAUACCCCAAAAGCGUAAGAAAACCCUUUUGAAGAAUUCAACCCUCCGCAAAUGUGCCCGAAAAAUUUCCAGUGAUGAAGAGUCACCUGUCAAAGAAAAGUCAUUGGUGUCACCUCGCAGACUCCGGAAGAGGGCAGGUGGAUUAAGCCCAGUUGCUGUAGCCAGGAUGCAUAGAGCACUGAAAAUACUUGCAAGAAAAAGGGGACAAAAAAAUUAGGGCCUAAAAUAAAUUCAUUCAUGUUUCUCAUAAACUCAACAUUACUGAUAAUAAGAAAUUAAAGAAAAGCAGGGAAAGUUGUUCAGUCGGAUUGUUAUUGAUGCUCAAUGGUCUGUGAUUUUUGUUUUAUUUACAAAUUAGGAAUAUAUAUAUAUAUAUUUUUUUUUAACUAA